CAUACGGUCGAGAUACUUUCGCCCAAUUGCAACUGGUCCGCCAAUCUGCCGGGAAUCGAUGAAGACGAUGAUGCGCUUUCACAAACUUUCUCGCCCCCUCUCUCUACUCCCUCCCUCUCUCCCUCCCUCUCUCCCUCCUUUCUCCUCCAUUUCUCUCCCUUCUUCUCUUUCUCUCACAACCCGCCGCAGAUUGCACUCUGCAACACUCCCAUCUCCCUCCCUCAUGGCCUCGUCUAGGCUCCGCAACCUUGUUCCUCUCAACGCGAUCGUCUCCGAGGACAGUGGUGGUGGCGGCGGUGGCGGAGGCACCAAUGGUUCUGUUUCUUCCUCUUCGGCUUCAGUCUCUAAUGAAGAUGAUGUUCUGGGGGUUGGGUAUCGUCUUCCUCCCACUGAAAUCAGGGACAUUGUUGAUGCUCCACCGCUUCCCAUAUUGUCAUUCUCGCCACUUAGGGAUAAAAUAUUGUUCCUCAAGCGAAGGUCUUUACCUCCAAUAUCAGAGCUUGCAAAACCAGAAGAAAAGCUGGCUGGUAUUCGUAUUGAUGGACAGUGCAAUUGCAGAAGUCGAAUGUCAUUUUACACAGGCAUAGGGAUUCAUCAGUUGAUGCCUGAUGAUUCCUUGGGUCCAGAGAAGCUGGUGCAUGGCUUGCCAGAUGGUGCUAAGAUUAAUUUCAUUUCCUGGUCACCUGAUGGCCGUCAUUUAUCUUUCAGUGUGCGAGUUGAUGAGGAAAAUGGCAGUAGCGGUAAGCUCAGAGUUUGGGUUGCUGAUGUUGAAACUGGGAAAGCUAGACCAUUGUUUCAGAAUACAGACAUAUGUGUAAAUGCAGUUUUUGAGAAUUUUGUUUGGGUAAAUGAUUCUACUUUGUUAGUUUCUACCAUUCCUUCCUCUCGUGGAGAUCCACCAAAGAAACCCUUGGUUCCUCAUGGUCCAAAAGUUCAAUCUAAUGAGCAGAUGAGCAUUAUUCAAGCCAGAACCUUUCAGGACUUGCUAAAGGACAAAUAUGAUGAAGAUUUGUUUGACUACUAUGCCACUACCCAACUUGUUUUGGGUUCAUUGGAUGGCACAGUUAAGGAGUUUGGCACACCAGCUGUAUAUACGUCACUAGACCCUUCCCCUGAUCACAAAUAUAUUUUGAUCAGUACUAUUCACAGGCCCUAUUCUUUUAUUGUUCCAUGUGGAAGAUUUCCUAAAAAGGUAGCUGUGUGGACAACUGAUGGAAAAUUUAUUAGAGAGCUCUGUGAUUUGCCUCUUGCUGAGGACAUCCCCAUUGCAUUCAACAGCGCAAGAAAGGGGAUGCGUUCCAUCAAUUGGAGAGCAGAUAAGCCAUCAACACUUUACUGGGCGGAAACUCAAGAUGGUGGAGAUGCGAGAAUAGAGGUUUCUCCUCGUGAUAUUGUUUAUACGCAAUCUGCUGAGCCUCUAGAAGGUGAACGGCCAGAGAUAUUACACAAACUCGAUCUUCGUUACGGAGGAAUAUCUUGGUGCGAUGACUCGCUGGCUCUUGUUUAUGAAUCUUGGUACAAGACGCGCAAAAUACGAACUUGGGUAAUCUCUCCUGGAUCUAAAGAGGACAAUCCUCGCAUUCUAUUUGAUAGGUCAUCAGAAGAUGUGUAUUCAGACCCUGGGUCACCGAUGCUGCGGAGAACACCUCUUGGGACUUAUGUAAUUGCGAAGUUUAAGAAGGACAAUGAUGAAAGCACAUAUGUUCUACUGAAUGGUAGUGGUGCUACCCCGGAAGGGAACAUCCCUUUUAUUGAUUUAUUUGACAUAAACACAGGCAGGAAAGAAAGAAUAUGGAAGAGCGACAAAGAGAAGCAUUAUGAGAGUGUUGUGGCGUUAAUGUCUGAUGAGAAAGAAGGAGAUUUAAAUAUUGAUCAACUGAAAUUUUUGACUUCCAAGGAAUCCAAAACUGAAAACACCCAGUACUACAUACUGAGGUGGCCUGAUAAGAAAGCAAGUCAAAUUACAAAUUUUCCUCAUCCAUAUCCCCAGCUGGCAUCACUGCAGAAAGAGAUGAUCAGAUACAAGAGAAAAGAUGGAGUUCAAUUGACAGCCACACUAUAUCUGCCACCAAAAUAUGAUCCAGCAAAAGAUGGUCCUCUUCCAUGCUUGAUCUGGUCUUACCCUGGUGAGUUCAAGAGCAAAGAUGCUGCUGGACAAGUCCGUGGUUCCCCUAAUGAGUUUGCUAGUAUAGGUUCAACAUCUGCUCUUCUUUGGUUGGCUCGCAGGUUUGCUAUUUUGGCUGGACCAACAAUACCUAUCAUUGGUGAAGGUAACGAGGAGGCAAAUGAUAGAUAUGUAGAGCAAUUGGUUGGUAGUGCAGAGGCUGCUGUUGAGGAGGUCAUUAGACGGGGGGUUGCUCAUCCUAAUAAGAUUGCCGUUGGUGGACAUUCAUACGGUGCGUUUAUGACUGCAAACCUUCUGGCUCAUGCUCCCCAUCUUUUUUGCUGUGGAAUUGCUCGCUCCGGUGCCUAUAACAGAACACUUACCCCUUUUGGCUUUCAGAAUGAGGAUAGAACUCUUUGGGAGGCAACCAACACAUAUGUAGAGAUGAGUCCAUUUAUAUCAGCAAAUAAAAUCAAGAAGCCAAUUUUACUCAUUCAUGGUGAAGAAGACAACAACCCGGGAACUUUACCUAUGCAGUCCGAUCGAUUUUUCAAUGCCUUGAAAGGCCAUGGAGCAUUAUGUCGCCUUGUGGUUCUUCCCUUUGAGAGCCACGGCUAUUCUUCCCGAGAGAGUAUCAUGCAUGUCCUCUGGGAAACUGAUAGAUGGCUGGAGAAAUACUGUAUGUCUAACCCUUCUGAUUUAAGUCAAGAUGUGGGUAAAAGCAAAGAGGAAGGUAGUGGAGCAGCAGAUUCUGAAGGGAAAGUUGUUACCGGUUCUGGGGGUGGUGGUGCCGAGCGCUCAAGUUCUGAUAAUGAUGGAUUUUACUCUAUUCGAAGAUCAUUGUUGUGAUUUUUUGCUGAGCUGUUGCGGCCAAGAAUAAAGUGGAGAACAAAUUUGUAAAAUAAGCAGCAUGGAGGCGGACCCUCGAAGUACAACAACGUGCAUUGGAAGAUGCAGAUCCAUGGUUCUGAAGUGUUAUCAUUCAAGAUUAAAGGAAAGAGUGGCGUUUGGUAAGAAAUUUACAUCAUUUUUCCAUAUUGCAAAGACGCUUAGUUGGGAAAUCAUGUUCUGAUUGCUAUUUGAUUUAUGGAGGCUUCAGUUUAUAUGCAGACAAUUUGGGCAAUGGCAACCUGAAUCUUCUGAAGCAGCUAUCUGCUUCUUUGUUUCCGUACUUAUAAAAGAUAAAAUUAGUUGCUAUUUUCCAA